GUAGCAACUGUGCAUAGCAACUAGCGUAAACAACAUCCAGUGUAUAUCGGCAAGUUAUUUUGAAUUUUAGCAACAGAAGCAGCCGUUCAGUUGGUUUUAAACAGAAGAAUUUGAUUAAAUAAUUGGCUAAUAAUAAUGGACGGUCUACCAUUCCUACCAGGAAAUACUUUUUGUGAUCCGACUAAAUCUCGCUAUCACGUUUCACAUUCAUUAGGAUAUAAGAAUGGCUAUCAGAUUGCCUCUAGACCAAAUAUUGGAAUUGGGGGUGAGCCUAUAAGAUACAACACGUUGUCUGAACAGGAAUUAGAUGAUUUGGCUCAAUACAAACCAACUUUAACUUACGGACCAGCUAAGCAAGCCCCUCCAGAGGAUUUUGUACCCGCUCACGUUGCUUUUGAUAAGAAAGUUUUACGUUUUAGUGGCUGGUAUAAGCAAACGGUCCACGAGUCACCCAAUGAACACUACAGGGUCCGUCAUGUUCAAAUUUAUUAUUAUCUGGAAGAUGAUAGUAUCGCUGUGGUUGAACCACCAAAAGAGAAUAGCGGAAUGCCUCAAGGGAAGUUAAUUAAGCGCCAACGUUUGCCUAAAAAUGACGUUGGUGAUUAUUGGCUGUGGAAAGAUUUGAACGUUGGCAUGAACGUUACAUUCUAUGGUAAAGUCUUCCACAUUUACGACUGUGAUCAGUGGACAAGGGGAUUCCUCCACCAGGAAGGAAUCAACGUCAACCCACCGGAAGACUGUCCAACGGAUCCUUAUUUAAAGAAUAGAGAAGAGUCUGCAGCUUUGAAGACCUAUAAGACUCCAACUGAUUUUGAUAAAUUGCGCCAAUUCUUGGAAAUGGACAGGAAAGUCUUGAGAUUCUACUGCGUGUGGGACGACAGAGACUCAAUGUUUGGAGAAAUGAAUAAAUACGUUAUUCAUUAUUAUCUUGUCGAUGAUACACUGGAAGUUCGUGAAUGUCAUUCAGCUAAUAACGGAAGAGAUCCUUUUCCUGUUCUAAUUCAACGUCAAAAGGUUCCUGUUGAUCGUUACAACGUUCCAUCUACCUUUCCGGGGAUAGUUAUGGAGCUAAGUCAACAGGAAAUUAAACGUUAUUUUACACCCAGCGACUUUGCUAUAGGAAAAACAGUCCUCAUUUUCAACCGUAAAUUUUUUAUUUAUGAUGUUGAUCCCUUUACCAAAGCCUUUUAUUGGAAGAAUUUCGGAGUAACAGAUUUUACACCUGUUGAAUUAUCACCAAAUGGUGUCCCUCUACCUAAAAUGGAGAUUGCACCUUAUAAUGGUUUUGGCUCUCUAGAAGAUUCGAUGCAGUCUUGCUUAUCUCUGGUUCCGGAACAGCCAAAGAAAGAUUUUAUAAAAAUGUUGGAGAAUGACGGAAAACAAUUGCGUUUUGAGGCGUCUCUCGACACUCCAAAUCCAGACGAUAAACUUAGACGCUUUAUCAUCACCUAUAGAUUGGCAGAUGAUAUGAUAACAAUUCACGAACCACCCAAGAAAAAUUCGGGCAUAAUAGGUGGAAAAUUUUUGGAAAGGAGCAGAGUAGCGAAGCCAAACUCUACACCUAGCAACCCACAGUAUUACGGCCCGGCAGAUUUCUAUAUUGGAGCUAGCAUAGAGAUUUUUAAACAUAGGUUUAUCAUUACUAACGCCGAUUUAUAUGUUCUUAAAUAUAUGGAAGAACAUCCAAACCGGUUUCCUGAAACAACAGUACAAUCUCUUAGACAAACCCUUGGGCAAACUGGAGCUGAAAGAGAAAUGCGAAAAGGAGGUCCAAUCCACGUAAAGCGUACUUACGAGCCAGGAGAACUUCAAAGGAUUACCGGUGAAGUUAAACAACAACUGCAGAAGACGGCAAUAACAGCGCCUAGUAGAAAGGAUGCUAUGUUCCUUGGAGCAGAUACGAAUCGCGUUGGUUAUAUCAGCCGACAGAAUUUAAAAGAACUACUGAUUAAACAUCAUUUACCAUGUGAUGACGAUAUUGUUAACGCUUUGGCAACAGAACUUAAUCCAGAAAAUCCAGAUUGCAUAGAUCUGGAAGUGUUCCGAAAGUUCUUUGAAGCCUAA